CCACUCUCGCCGCUCCUCCCGCAGCCACUGCUGCGGGCGUUAGCCACUUCCCUGGUCCUGUGGCAGAGAGGGUGUUAGAGCCUGCGGCACCACCAUGAACGAAGUGUCAGUCGUGAAGGAGGGCUGGCUGCAUAAGAGAGGAGAAUACAUCAAAACGUGGCGUCCCCGGUAUUUCCUGCUGAAAAGUGACGGCUCCUUCAUCGGCUACAAGGAACGGCCAGAGACAUCCGACCACAGCUUGCCACCUCUGAAUAACUUCUCAGUAGCGGAGUGCCAGCUGAUGAAGACUGAGCGGCCUCGGCCCAACACCUUUGUUAUCCGAUGCUUGCAGUGGACCACGGUCAUUGAGAGAACCUUCCACGUGGACUCUCCUGAAGAGCGCGAGGAGUGGAUGCGAGCCAUCCAGACAGUAGCAAACAGCCUGAAGAACCAGGAACCGGAGGCAGACACAAUGGAUUACAAGUGUGGAACUCCUAAUGACAGCACUGGCGCCGAGGAGAUGGAGGUGGCCAUAAGCAAGACCCGCGCCAAGGCCACCAUGAAUGAUUUCGAUUACCUGAAGCUCCUGGGAAAGGGCACUUUUGGCAAAGUCAUCUUGGUGCGGGAAAAGGCCACUGGCCGCUAUUAUGCCAUGAAAAUCCUACGGAAAGAGGUCAUCAUUGCGAAAGAUGAGGUGGCACACACUGUUACAGAGAGCCGGGUGCUGCAGAACACCAGGCACCCCUUCCUCACCGCGCUGAAAUAUGCCUUUCAGACGAAUGACCGGCUGUGCUUCGUCAUGGAGUACGCCAACGGCGGAGAGCUGUUUUUCCACCUCUCAAGAGAACGCGUCUUCACAGAGGACCGAGCCCGUUUCUACGGCGCAGAAAUAGUCUCUGCACUGGAGUACCUGCACUCCCGGGAUGUGGUGUACAGGGACAUUAAGCUGGAAAACCUCAUGCUGGACAAAGAUGGCCACAUCAAAAUCACUGACUUUGGGCUCUGCAAGGAAGGCAUCACAGAUGGAGCCACCAUGAAGACCUUCUGCGGUACUCCUGAGUACCUGGCUCCAGAGGUCCUGGAGGACAACGAUUACGGCCGUGCCGUAGACUGGUGGGGCUUGGGAGUUGUCAUGUACGAGAUGAUGUGCGGCCGCCUUCCCUUCUACAACCAGGACCACGAACGCCUCUUUGAGCUGAUCCUCAUGGAGGAGAUCCGCUUCCCUCGUACCCUCAGCCCUGAGGCCAAGUCCCUGCUGGCUGGGCUGCUCAAGAAGGAUCCCAAACAGAGGCUCGGCGGAGGUCCCAACGAUGCCAAGGAGGUGAUGGAGCAUCGCUUCUUCGCCCCCAUCAACUGGCAGGACGUGGUUCAGAAGAAGCUGGUCCCGCCAUUCAAGCCCCAAGUGACGUCUGAGAUUGACACACGGUAUUUUGAUGACGAGUUCACCGCCCAAUCCAUCACCAUCACCCCACCGGAUCGCUAUGACAACAUGGGCUCCCUGGAGAACGACCAGCGGACACACUUCCCCCAGUUCUCCUACUCUGCCAGCAUACGGGAGUAACCAGCAGCAGCAGGAUUUGGCCUCUGAGGAGGAGGAGGGUUUGGGGGCUCGCUCGUAGCGGGGGGCAUUUCUCUUCCAUGCCCAGCAGAAGGGGGGGCGGGAUGCUGCAGCUCGCCGCGCCGCAGCACCUUUCGGAAGCCAUACCCCUACCAAGUGCUCUUGCUCUGCGGCUCCCGCCGGCACCGAGCCAUGCCUCCUGCCCCCGGCCUAGGACUGCUUGGAUUUUUAAUUAUUAUUAUUUUCAUUUUUUAAACUCCUAGAAGUGCUCGCAGCUUUUUAAACCAACUCCCACUUCCCCACAACAGUGGCCUUGAUCCCCUGGAAGCUCGGCCAGCCCUCUGCCCAGUAAAACCCACUGCUCCCAGUUGGGGGGAGGCUGUUUUGACAGCAGAAGAAGGGAGGGGGGAACCCUGCCCCCCACCACCCACCCCAUGGCUGGGAACCAAUGCCGGCUGCCCCAAGGAGGUGGGUGAUGACAGGACAGGACCCCCGCAAGACCAUGGCGGGGGACACAUUUCAGCCCCUCACGUCCUCCUGGCUCUGCUUUGAAUGGAACUGGCAGUGACUGAAAACAGGCUCUACCCUCAGCUUGGCACUGCAGCGGAGGGGACUGCCUCAGCCCUGCAUCAGCAGCACGGCCCUAAGGAAAAUGCCAUCCUAACAGCAAUAGUUUGGCUUCUCUGGUGCCUUAAAGCCAGGAGCCACGGGGAUGCCCGGCUCAGGGACCCUGGCCACCUCCUCUGGCAUCCUCACGGGAUGACGGCGUCACUGGAACCAACACCCUUUGGUCCCGACCCGGUGUUGCAGAGGGACAGGGCUUUUCCUGCCGCACCACUGGCUUGGCAUCUGCAGCUGCUGGUGUCGGGACUGGGUUUCUUCUCGCACACGCUGUUGCCGGGGAUGGAUCAACACCCAACUGCUCCAUGGAUGCCUUCCGGUCGAGGCCACUAUCACUAGGGCUGGUGGCUCCAGGCCCUGCUGGUGGGCCCCGGCAUUCAGGGAGCGUUGCCUUCGCCACAGCGCCUGCACCGACAAGCCGGGCCAGUGACAAGCUGGACUUGCCGCCACCGCCUGGCAUCUGCUGGCACGGCUGACACCAGAGCCGUGGUUUAGAGGUAGGAAUUUGGUGCCUGGUGCCACUUUGCCGUAGGGAGGAACCAAGAAAAGUUGCUUUUUCUUACUUAGAUCCUAGUUGCCCAAAAAUCAGUUGAAUUAACUUAAAAAUACUGGCGUGGUGUGGCGUGGGGGUGUGAGACCCCGUAACAAGACAGCAGUGGACAUGGUGGCCCGUCAUCCCCAGCGUGGUGGCAGUGACCCACUGGCAGCUGUUGCCUGCCCUCGUAUUUGUACGGUACAAGCAAUAAAAUGGGGGUUUCUUUUUGGUU